AUGACAGCCAGUUUGAUUCAGCAUCUGCGAACGACUGAGAAUUGUCCCGUUUUAUUCUUCUUCUUCCGAAACAUCGUCGCUGCGAAUUUCUCACCACGUGCCCUGAUCCAAGAUUGGCUUGCUCAACUACUGCCUCAUUCUCCCAAGCUGCAGUUUGCUCUUCAAUCGCGACUCCAGGACAGAUUAGAUGACACCUCAGACAAUGAGCUCAUUCAACUCUUCAUUGAUGGUGUAACAUGUGUCCCCAAGCUGUACUGUGUUGGCGAUGCUCUCGAUGAGAUGUCGACCGACAGCACGCCAAUCUUGGAGAGGCUCAACGGUCUUGCUACUCAUCGGCCCAGAACAUUGAAGUUGCUCAUGACCAGCAGACCGUCUCGGACCUUGCAGAGCACGCUACGAGAUUCAUCCAUCGUUCACGUCAGCCUGCAGCAGCGCCUUGUGGAUGUCGACAUCCAUUCAUAUCUCAAUCAUCGAUUUGACAAUGCGCCUACAUUGGAGCAUCAUCGUGAGGCGAAAAAGGAUCUCAUCAACAUGGUUGCCGAGAAAUCAGAAGGCCUGUUCCUCUACGCCAAGCUGACCAUGGACCAAGUUGAAGAAUCCCUUCAAACCGAUGCAGCUCUCAACAUUAAAGAUCUCGAGGUAUCACUUCCGGUAGGUCUGGAGCAGACGUACACGAGCAUGCUGGCCAAGCAACGGGGAGAGCCUGGAGUUACUACAGAUGUUCAAGUCUUGAUCCUUGAAGCAGUAAUUCAUGCAUCGCGUCCCCUCCGAUUGAAUGAACUGGCGAGCCUCUUAAAGUGCGUUCGCCCUGACACCACCCAGCCCAGCGCCUUCAAAAGUUUGAUCGCAACUAGCUGUGGGCCACUGAUCGAGAUCCUCGAGGACGAGACUUUGCAGGUAAUCCAUCACUCUUUCACGGAAUUCUUACGUGGAGAUACUCGCAGCGCUUCCACUGUUGGUGCAUCUGACUUCCCAAUCAUCGACUCUCUUCAGGCACACAAGCAUAUGGCCAUGAACUGCCUUGUUUAUCUGCAGUCCGGAUCACUGCUACUGGAGAGCGAACAAUCCAACAACUCAACUUACAGACCAGCUCGCCUACGACAUCAAUUCCUCAGCUAUGCGGUUGAGAAUUGGCCAUACCAUGCUUCGAACUACGACGUGGAUGAUGACGAAUUCUUCAAGACCAUUAUGGACUUUCUCAACUCUAACAGCCUUUCGUUUCUUCGAUGGCUUGUCCUGCAAUGGGGAUCAACAUCAAGCGAUAAAGGGUCACUGAAAGGGAUACCUACGGGUCUUCACAUUGCAGCCUUUGCAGGGCUAAUUCAUUUCGCCUCCCAGCUACUCAAACAAGGCGUGUCAGUCUCGGCAGUUGAUGCUCAAGAGCGGGUUCCAUUACAUUGGGCAGCAGCUAAUGGCCACCAUAAAGUCGCCGCGCUCCUCAUUCAAUACGGGGCCAAUCCCGAUGCCGAAGACGGAAGAGGACUGAAACCCAUCCAUCUCGCAACCUUGAAGAAUUACGCUAAGGUUAUGACCGUCUUACUCGAAGCAGGUGUUAAACCAAACACGAUAAAAACAAGGGAAAACCGAACAGGGCGUCUCCUAGGCGGCGAAAGAAUCACCAAAGGUGAAUGCUCCAUAUACUAUGCCAGUCGAGGAGGACACACAGAGGCAAUUACUGUCAUGAUACCCUUCUGCGAGCCACAGAUGCUGGAGCAACUUCUGUGCCAAUGCUGCCAGUUCGGUCGAGCAGAUGCAGUUCAAGCAAUCUUGAACAACUCGCCUGUCUCGCCCAAUGCAACUUACGAAGGGGCGACAGCAUUGUAUUUUGCUUGUGCCAUGCCCGAUGUCAAGUGUGUCGAAGCUCUCAUUCGUGCAGGUGCAGAUGUGAACAAGACAUCCCAAUGGCAACCGAGACGACGGAUGAAUGGCCCACGUCCCCAGAAACGGGAAGAUGCAACACCGCUACACCACCUUGUAGAAGCCUGGGAAGAUAAGAAUGAUUCCGAUAGCCAAGAGGUCCUAAGAAUGUUGCUGAAAGCUGGCGCUGACCUUGAACGGUUUGAUGGCCAUGGAAGGACUCCUUUGAUCAUUUCAGCACAAGACCCACGAUAUUCCGACGAAACUCGAAAUCAUUUACCUGCCCUGAGGGCCUUGGUAAGAGCGGGCGCCAACGUCAAGGUCCUUGGCCAGCCUCCGAGUACAGAUACGAUGCUGCACCAAGUUCUUGAACACAGCCGGGACUUAGAAGUGGUUAAGCUUCUUGUGGAAUAUGGGUGCGAUCCG